AUGCUUGGACUUUAUAUUCUCUUAUCAUCGUUGUUGAUCUCUGCUGCUUUCUGCUCGAUUGACCAGCCCAUGUUACCAGGGAACGGCGACGUUACAGAUGCUCAAGAAGGUUUCCCUGGACACGUUGCACUUAGACCAGAUUAUACGUUUUGGAAUGUGAUGCGAAUGCUCCGAAGAAUAUUCGACUCGAACUUGGAACGACGGAAAGGGGAACAAGUGCCAUUCCCUAUUCGAGAUCUACGAGCAAGGCGAAUGCUGUUGAAUUUUUCCAACUCCUACUGAUCUCUUUUCUGUGAUAGGAUGCCAGAUAACACGGCAGAAUAAAUCUUUUUUAAGA